AUGGCGUCUCCCGGGCGUCCCCAGAGGCAUCUUGAUGCGACAACAGGCAGAGAAGUUGUCUACUGCUAUGGCUGCGAAAACGAGUGGUAUCGCGACGACUACCCUCACCUGGACCUAGAGUGCCCCAGGUGUCACAAUGAUUUCGUACAGAUUGUCGAACCCGACAACGACCCCCGACCAGGUGUUCAACAACAAGGUCCCCGUUCAGACUCAGACCCGGACGAAGAUGACAUAGAGGAAUUUCUCGAGCGUGGUCCCGGGUCCUUCUUCAUGCGGCGAUCGGUAUACCACUCGCCAGAAAGUCCCUUCCAGAGUCCCUUCAACCGUCCAAGUGGGAACGGCGUUGAAGACCUCGACAGCAGUCCGGACCGGCCCCGCGCCCGUCCAGAUGACAGUGGCGAGGCCGUUUUGUCGCGGUUCGCCGAUAUGUUCGCCGAGUUAGGCGGCGCAAGGCCGGGACAGCAAGGAGGAAACGCCUUUGGGACACAGCCACGGAUACAGCGUACAACCUUUACCAGAUCAGGAGACGGCAUGGCUAGCUUCACCUUCACGACAACGACAACUACAGGAGGCGCAGCGGGAGACGGGCCGGAAGUGCCCGCUUUUGACACGUAUGUUCGCUCGCGACAUGGCAAUCCUGGAAUUCGCAGACACACGAUCAUUGUUGUGACUAAUGGGAGGGCUAACUCUAAUGGUGAUGGCAGUCUGUUUAGGGGUCUCUUUGGCAACAUCCCGUCGCCGGGCGCAGAAGACCCCGGUGGUGGCCCGGGCCAAGGCGGCGGUCCACGAGGGCCUCCUCUUGGGUUUGCCGCUGGCCUGCAGGAGUUCAUCGCUACGCUGCUAAACCCACAGGCGGCAGUCCAUGGCGAUGCCGUGUAUACCCAGGAAGCGCUCGACCGCAUCAUAACGACCCUCAUGGAGGCUAACCCGCAAUCCAAUGCGGCUCCUCCAGCAACGCAAUCGGCCAUCGAGAAAUUACCCAAGAAGAUCCUCGACGAGCAGAUGGUCGGCCCUGAGGGUAAAGCCGAAUGCACCAUCUGCAUCGACGAGAUGUACAAGGGCGAAGAGGCCACCGUGCUACCGUGUAAGCAUUGGUUCCACGGGGAAUGCGUCACCCUAUGGCUUAAGGAGCACAACACGUGCCCUAUUUGCCGAAUGCCGAUUGAGGGCAACAACCAAACCGGGAGCAACAGCAACAGGAACAAUAACAGCCAACCGUCCGCAUCACGCCAAGAAGCCAGCACCAGCUCUUCAUCAGCCUUCGCUUCCUCAACCGCCCCAGGACGGAACCCCUUCGAAUCACUAAACCCCUUCGGACCACAAGGCCAAUUGGCCACAGAGCGACUUCGGCGCAGCGAGCAGGAAAGAGAAGAGCGUCUCGAGCGGAUCCGUAACGUGGCCGGCGUUAGGCGCACCGACUCCCAAUCCGAGGGAAUCUCGCGCCGUACCUCACACUCGCCUCCCAGCCGCGAGAACUCCAGUUUCAACAUGCGAUCGCGCGUUAGGGACCCGUCGCCGCCAAGGGAUAGGGGUACCUCGACGGCCUGGCAGAAUUCAAGCAGCAAUUCGCAAAGCAACAUUAGCAGCAGAUACAGCGGUGGGCUCGGUAACCUCUGGGGUCGCACCAACAGUAAUAGCGGGCAGGGCAGUUCACGGGAUAGAGAUGGACAGCGUGAGGGAGGAGGACAGCAGCAACAAAAUCAACAGCAGCAGCAGCAGAGUUCGAGUUCUGGUAAUGGCGCGCUGGGGUGGCUUAGGGACCACUUCGGCCGUGGUUCUUCCGGUUCUGGCUCCGGGUCGGAUAGGGAUAGGGAGCGCAGACGCUGA